AUUCAAUUAGCAUUAGAAACAAACAAUGACAAACCACAGUUACCUACUUUCUUCUUCUUGCCCUCCCGCUCUCACUAGCAAGAAGAACGUGCCAUUCUCUGCUGUAAACGGUUCAGUUGUUGCUUGUGAACUCAACAAUAAUCGCAAGUUCACCAUCGCCUGCGUCUCGGCAGAGCAGCAGAUAAGGAGGUCUGCUCAUUACCAACCCAAUCAAUGGGAUUACAAUUUUACAAUGAAGUCAUUAAACAGUGACUAUGAUAAGGUAAAGGCACGUACAUCAAUAUUGUUUGCAAAGCUGAAGGAGGAGGUGAGAUCUUUAAUCAAACAAGAAAAUAAUUUGGUGGCUAGACUUGAGUUGAUUGAUGAUGUUGAGCGGCUUGGUCUGGGCCAUCACUUUGAAGAAGAGAUCAACGAUGCACUUAUAAAUUCCAUAUCUACCAAGAAUGAUAACAUUUCAGUAGUCAUGAAGCAAAACCUCCAUGCCAUUGCUCUGUUCUUCAGAUUGCUUAGGCAGCAUGGACUCCACGUCUCUCAAGACGUAUUCAGUCAUUUCAAAGAUGAGAAAGGGAGUUUCAGAGCGUCUCUUCUUGAGAAGGGUGUGCAGGGGAUGUUGAGUUUGUAUGAAGCUUCAUUCCUUGGUUUUGAUGGAGAGGAAACACUAGAAGAGGCAAGAUAUUUCACUAGCGAACAUCUUGUUAAUCUUAUUCCAUGCAUGCAUCCACACUUGAAGGACAAAGUGGAACAUUCACUGGAGCUUCCAUUACAUUGGAGGACUCCAAGGUUGGAAGCCAGAUGGUACAUUGACCAGUAUGAAAGGUCAGGCAAGAUGAAUCCUAGUUUGCUUAAACUUGCCAAACUUGAUUUCAACCUGGUCCAGAGCACACACCAAAUGGAACUCAAGAAAAUGAUGGAAUGGUGGAAGAAUUUGGGACUGGGAGAGAAAACAGGCUUCGCAAGAGAUAGACUACUCGAGUGCUUCUUCUGCGCAGCUGGAGUAGUCUUUGAUCCACAGCAUGGGUUCUGUAGAGAAGAACUUACAAAGGCCAGCACACUGAUCACAACGUUGGAUGAUGUUUAUGAUGUUUAUGGAUCAUUGGAUGAACUUCAACUCUUCACUAAGUCAGUUGAAAAGUGGGAGCGUGAUGGAAGUGAAGAACUUCCAGAGUACAUGAAAAUAUGCUACAAUUCUCUCUACAACACUGCAGAGGAAUUAGCUAAUAGAAUUCAGAGACUUGAGGGAUGGGAUGCUAUGCCUUAUAUCGGACAAGCAUGGUCAGAUCUAUGCAAAGCUUUCUUAAUAGAAGCAGAGUGGCAUCACAGUGGUCAUAAACCAAGCCUUGAGGAGUACCUUAACAAUGGUUGGUCAUCCGUGUCAGGGCAUGUUGUGAUGGUGUAUGUGUUCCUGUUAUCAGAACAGGAGAAAACAAAGGAAGCAUUGAAACAUUUGAUGAACUAUCCAAAUCUUAUCAGGUCUUCCUCCAUGAUUUUUAGACUAUGCAACGAUCUCGCAACGUCUGCGGCAGAGUUAGAGAGAGGUGAUACUCAAACAUCCAUACAGUGCUAUAUGACUGAGCACAACAUCACUGAAGCUGAAGCACGUGAAGAAAUAUGGAAUCUAAUUAGCAGAUCAUGGAAAGACCUCAAUGAAGGACUUGCCAAUUGCAGUCCACUAUCAUUGUUUUUCAGUAAUGCGGCGGUAAAUCUUUCAAGGCUGAUACAUUGUAUUUACCAGCAUGGUGAUAGCCAUGGAGCACCAGAUCAGGAAAAGAAAAACCAGAUCAAAUCUCUCUUUUUUGAGCCUAUAAAGUUUCAGGAAGAUACUUCCUUGAACGGCCAGUAUCAUAAUAAUUCCAUAAUCUAGUUUUAUUUGAAAAAGUAUGGACAUGCGACCAGCACAAGUUGAACCCUCAUCCUUUGAUUUAAGUAAUCAAUUGUGCUCAAUGAAGGGGUGGUUCAAUAGCCU